AUGUCGCAACGACGCAAUACCCCGAGCGAGCGAAAUUCAAUGCCUCCAACCGAUGGAAAUAGUCACGAUGCGUCGCAAGAAAGUCGGCCGCUUCCACAGCGAUCCGAUGCAGGUUCAUCUCGGCGGCAAGCUGUCCCCACGAGCGACGGCCGAGCGAGCGGGGAGCUCGAGGGGAGUACACUGGGGAGCAGCUCUCGUGAUGGUGAACGAAGGACACCGGGUCAGCGCAGGACACAGAGUUCUAGCGGGUUUCUGUUAGACUCCUUACCACGCUCGUCAAGCCUGAGAAUCGGCUCGCACCGAGCUCGCCCUUCAGAGCCACCGGUAGAGAAACGCAGUGCCCCCGACGGUGAUAUCGUGGUAUCUAAGAAACGAUCGCGCUUUCCAUGGAGUCGCCAUAGGACUUCGGCAUCUGAAUCAGCUCGAGCGGCUUCUGAGUCAAGCCCAAUCGCCGCUGAUCAAGCCCCGACGCCACCCCCCGAUGUAGAACAAACCAAAACCCCGUCCCGCGCGACCUCUGGAACACAUGGCGAUCACCAGGCUGCUGCGCCCGGUAUGGAUAGGGACUCUCUUCAGAUCGUGAAUCUGGCUUUGAAUUUGAAUGAGUCUCGGAGGAGGACUGCCUCCGGACUUGUCCCUGGUCCGAACGUGCGGAGACCUCUAUCUGUGUCGCAACCUGCCGCUGCACCAUUGGAGCUUCUCCCACCAGCGCCUACGGGGAAGAAUGCACAGCGCGAUUCUUCGUAUCGUGAUUACACUCAGAUCCCUGGCGAUGGCUCCCUCGAAGGACCACAGUCAACCGCAAAAUCUCCGGUGGUGGAUUUCCUACCAUCUACUGUUGCGAACGACAACCGAUUGUACGAGUUCUCUGAAAGGACCCUCGCCCGUGCAGAUCGAGCUCGUCGGCAUUUUGAGCUUUUCCAAGAGUACCUGCGACUUCUCCCCUCGCUGCCCCCGUUGCGAAAACCCCAGGUCACCGAUGAUUCUGAUUCUUCGGAUGUCCCACCUGUCGUCGCAUCAACAAGCCGAAGCUACAAUCCCCUUCAGAUGAUUCGGAAUCGAAAGAUUAGGUAUCGAGAGAAAUGCCCAAUUGACCCAGAAGCUGGUGGCUGGCAUGACGUCGACAAAGUCCAUGACUGGGUCAACUCCAUCCAGAAUCGGUAUAGCGACAGGACCCACGAUGAGAUGCAAAUAAUUAAACUGCCGUCUUUUCAGCAAGGUCAACAUCAUACACCUCAUGGAGAUUCGCAGGAUUUCGACACGACUGUCUCGCCCCCUGGCAGCUUGAGGCGUGUCAGUCGUACUAAUAGCGUCAAAACAACUCGCCCACGUCUCGACUGGGCGAGCUCACCAGCAGAACUACUAGCUGAUGUCGCAUGGCUCGAGGAUAGUUCUAACAGAGCCAAGAUCGUCGAUAGAGAUGGCAAUAAACUCUACCCCGAUCCAACAGAGCUGGUCUUGAUGGAUAGCAGCGUGGAGUACCCCCAGCAGAUACCACGUUUGUCGGUUGAGAUGGCAUAUCCCAACCAAGAGGAGUUGCUUUCCCGCAACAUAUCUUUGUCCAGUGCUCGCCCGGCCCUGGAACCCGAAUUCAAGAGUGUUGGUCGAGGCCGGCACAAACACAGGUUUCAGAGCCAUUCCCACGCACGAAGUCAAAGUGCCUCUAGUUCGGGAAAGCGCUCGCGUUGGGACAAAGUUAAGAUGCGUGCUGGAAGCGUGUCUAGUGAUUCUAGUCCAGAGCGGCGUAAGUCUUCAGACCGAAGCCGUCGAGCAUGGGGACACUCGCGAAUUAAAUCCGAGGCUCUCAUGCGUAAGGAAGCCUCCAAUCUUUCCGAGUCACGACGCUCCAAAGCUCCCGCUGCUGUCAACGACACGACCAGACGUCAAAUGUCUGAACUUCCACCGCUCAGUACCAAGGCGAGUCAAGUGGGCCGACAAGCCUCGUUUUCAUCAACUGGCAGCUUGGACAAUAAAUACAAUCCAAGAAUGUCUUUUGAGGCAAUGGAUAGCACCGCACCAAAUUCUCCUGCGCACGCGGGCUAUUUCCCUAGCAUAGCAGUCAAGUUGUCUCCAGCUUCAAGCCGGUCCCCUUCACCAGCUAAGAAGGGACUUCGUCACAAGAUUGUUUCUCGUCACGAGCGGAGUAAGAGCAAGCAAGGCUACCGGGACUCUCGUGAGCACGAAGACGAGAGCCUUGCUGCAGUCGCUUCUCAGCCUUCUUUGCCGUCCCAGGAGCAGUCUGAGCGACCGUCCAAGCUUCAACCCAGUCCUCUUCCGGAUAUUGUAUCCACAUCUUAUUUCGAUGACCAAGGAGUUUCCGAAGGUCGCGCUGAUGGCUACAGAGGGCGAAAGGGACAGCAUUUGCCGGAGUCUAAGCUGCGAGGAAUCUUCAAAGGCCCCGGCCGGAUUGCUGAGAUUGUUGGCAACGAGGUCUCUAAGGUUGGAGACUUGAUUCUGAAGAAGGAUACACUUCCUGAUUCCCGCAAAUCAUCACCCGGGACUACAGUCGCUUCGGAUGACAGUGACUCGGACGAAGAUGAAAGGAGAACAGACAAACGCUCUGGGCCACAGGGACUACUACGGCGCCUGCCCAAUCUUACAGACGAGCCUGGUCGCCUCAUACGUCGGGAAUCCGAGAAAAUCAUAUCUUCUAGAAGCUUCAAACCUUCCCUACCAACCUUCACGUCCCCGCUACGACAAGAUGACAAGAGUGGAGGAUCGAGCGAUGCCAUUGAGCUUGGCAGUACUCGUGAGCGCUCAGUCGCAUCACCGCGACCUGAAGAGCAGGAAGGGCCCAAGAGGAUGGCUCUGUCUCGCAGUAAAACGCUCGACUUUGGCCCAGCCCUUCAAUCCGCCCGUGGUCGCAUGAAAUCAUCGAAUGCGAUCAAAGAUCCUUCUAAUCCUUUCAGCCUUACCCAGCCCCCGGUGACUGGACUCGCUCGAGCGCGAGCAUCCCCAGGGCCUGGUAGGAGGCCUGCUGGAUUGUCAGGUGCAGGUCGGGCCUGGAGUAUUUCAGGCCGCAGUCUUCACUCAUUGAACGACUCUGGCGUUCCGGGCAAGACCGAGAUUGAACGUACUCGUACCCUACUACUAGCAUCCGGCAUCAAAGCUCGGGAAAUUACCCGCCGAGCCAACAGCUCGCGGGAUCCCCCUCACUGGCUGGCAAACUCCAUGGGCAACAGUUCUUCCGUUCCUCGAGUCACUCGAAUUAGUGAAUUCGAUACCGCCGCCCAGGGUUUCUUGCGCAGGUUUGAAAUGACCCAAUACUCAUUUCAACAAUCGAUGCAUCAUUUCUCCACUUCUACCUCAUCCCCUCUCCGCUCGCAGUUAAGGGACCUGGAAAUCCUUGUCAAUCAAACCCUUACACCCCGUGUUCGAGCCACUGCCGACAGUGCCGAGGACCUAUGUGUCCAACUUAAUACCACCAGUACUCUCGCCGUGAAAUCUCUCAGUGAUGCCCUCGACCGAGGUAUUCGGAAGCGUCGCCGACGACUGCGUUGGGUUCGACGCGCAGGGUUCGUCGUGCUAGAAUGGGCUCUUGUCGGCAUGCUUUGGUGGGUCUGGCUCAUUGUCAUGGCUUUCAAACUUGUACGUGGCGUCUUCCGUGGAGCCAUAUCCGGUGCGCGGUGGGUUCUCUGGCUCUAA